AUGGCGGAUGGUAUUCACCGCAGGUUUCUUAGGGCGGAGUUGAAACCGCACAUUGGGAAACUCCCGAAGGAAGCAGAUGCGAGGACACACAUGCGUUAUCGCCCGAAUAGUCCGUAUGAGGAUUGGCUCCUAUACCACUCGCCGCUUUAUGACAAGAAGGAUGGGUACAAGCAGACGAUAGGACACUGCCUUCGUCGAACCAAGAAGGCGCGUACGUGGUCUACUGGCAUGAGCUCGGUCUGGGGCAGGUGGCAGAUGUGGUGUGACGAGGCGGACCUGGAGUGCUACACACUGUUGGUACCAGGGUCUAAGGGUCAGCAUGUGCUUCACAAGUGA